AUGACAAAGUCCAAAACCCCAAUGAUCGAACAAUACUGGCACAAAGGCGGCCUCUGCGGCGUCAUUUCCCGCGCUGCACUCCGCACGCUCCAAUUCGUCUUCGCCAUCGUGAUUGCCGGUCUCUACGGCGUCGACCUAGCCCACGCAACAGAGGUCAACGCCCGUGCCCCUUCGCAAUGGGUGUACGCCGAAUUUGUCGCCGCAGUCACCGCACUCACCUGCAUCGUGCACUGCUUCAUCACCGUUACCCACGUCGCAUGGUCAGCCUGGGACUUCGUGCUCUUCGUGCUCUGGCUGGCCCAGGUAGGCACGUUUGGGGCAAUUUAUAUCUCCAAUAACGUCCUAGAUGAGUAUAAACAAGCGACGUCGUCGAUACCCCGUAUGCGCGCUGCGGUCUGGAUUAGUCUUGUCAGCAUGGUGCUGUGGUUUGCGACGACUGUUUUGGGUAUUGCGUGGUGUUGCCGGACACGCAAGGUCACUCGGCGGACGGAUCAGGUUGAGGCUGGUAAAGAACAGAUCCUGGAGAGGGAUAGUGACGUGGAGAGUGGUUCGAUCUGUGACGAGAAGAGAAGCAUGGCUGCAAUUCCUGCUGCUAUGGUCGCUGAGAAAAGUGUCAAGGACAAAAAUGGCAGCAAAAUAACGUCUGAGAUUAACCGGUCGGAUUCUGAUGUCUCCCCUCCACCAUACUCUUGA